AUGGAGAGAUCAAAAUCUCCAAUGAGAUCUCGAAAAAGACCCAGAUCUCCAAGCAGAUCCAAAUCUCCAUCGAUAUCCCAAUCUCCAAAGAGGAGAGUCAAGCGUCAAAAGAUGACGUCAAAGUCUCCAAUGAGAUACAGAUCGCCAAGGAGAUCCAAAUCUCCAAUGAUAUCCAGAUCUCCAAAGAGGAGAGUCCAGACUCCAAAGAGGACGGCAAAAUCUCGAAAGAGACCCAGAUCUCCAAGCAGAUCCAAAUCUCCAUCGAUAUCCCAAUCUCCGAAGAGGAGAGUCAAGCGUCAAAAGAUGACAGCAAAGUCUCCAAUGAGAUCCAGAUCGCCAAGGAGAUCCAAAUCCCCAAUGAUAUCCAGAUCUCCAAAGAGGAGAGUCCAGACUCCAAAGAGGACGGCAAAGUCUCCAGUUAGAUCCAUAUCUCCACGGAGAUCCAAAUCUCCAAUGAGAACCAGAUCUCCAAUGAGAUCUCCAAGAAGAUCCAAAUCCCCGAUG